AUGUCUGCGAACGGCGACAAGCAGCCUGCCCGCGACCAGAGCCCCCCCCCGGGCGCUGGCGCCGCCCCCUCGGGCCCCCCUCCCUCGACCAGCCUCACCCCCCUGGACCUGACCACCCCCGGUCCCGGGUACCCUGACGUGGCGGAGCUCCUGUCAUUGGACCUCACCACCGGCGGCUAUCCCGACAUGUCGGACCCGGCCUGGGCCAAGGCCAACCUGGCUCACCUGGCCGCCACCGUGCGCAUGGAGGACGAGUCGACCGCGGCCGCGGCCGCCGACGACGACCUCCCCCUCUCCGCCGAGUCGGGUGUCGGGUUCGGCCCGGAUGGUCGGAUCUCCGAGGGCGGCACUUCCGACGCCACGGUGGCCGCCCUGUGCUCCAUGGCCACCGGCAUGGCCGAGGGUGGCAGCGUGGAUGACGACGAUGACGAUGCCGACCGGGCCCCGGUCCGCGGCAAGUCCUCCUUCCUGAAUGUGACCCUGGCCGAUGUGGUCAACAUGGAGGCCCGCGAUGCCGAGGCCCUUGAGGAGGAGGGGGACCCCACCGAUCGCCUGGAUGAUGGCGAGGAGGAUGGCGACGAUGAGGAUGACGACGAUGCCGAGCAGUUCCAGGCCGAGACCGCCCCGCUGCUCCGGCUGAACUCCCUCUCGAGCCCCACCCCGGACGUCCUGUCCAAUGCCCGCCUGGCGGCGGUCUCCUCCUCGAUGGCCCUCCAGCCGGACUUCAAGUACCAGGAGGUCCGCAAGCUGGAGCAGGCCUCCCUCAAGACCAUUGCCCUCUCUUCCACUCGCCGGAAGAAGCUCCUUCAGCAGCAGAAGCUCAAGCUCCACCGCCGCGAGCAGGAGCAGCUCAAGCAGCAGCAUCGCCAGGAGGUGGAGCAGCUUCUCCUGCAGCAUCAGCAGGAGCUCAUGCAGGGCGAGCUCCGUGGCUACCAGGAGCAGCUGAAGCAGCUGAAGCAGCAGCAAGAGCGCGAGCUGCAGGAGCUGCAGCAGCAGCAGCAGCAGCAGCAGGACGCGGCGCAGGCCGACGACCCGGCUCGCGGGAGCUCGGUCGAGCCGGCUUCCUCGCCGGCGGCUGGAGCCUCCUCGCCGGUCCUGAGUUCUGAUGUGCCGGUCUCCUCGCCGGACAAUGGGCCGCUGGCCGCGUCGCCGGUGUUGGCCUCGAGCGCGGCUCGGCCGCCCCCGCCGACGGUCUGCCCCACCGCGGCGGCCACCGCAUAUGCCUCGGCCGCUGCGUCCGGGCUGGUGGUGGACCUGGACCGCCAGCAGGCCCCGGCCCACAUGUUCGGCCGGUCGGACUCCGAGCAGCCGGCCCUCUUCCAGCGUGCGGCCUUCAAGCUGGGCCUGAUCAACCACCAUGGGCAGCCGACCUUCGACCAGAUCCGCAUCGACCCGGUCAAGAACUCCAUCUCCGCCGAUGACCUCCCCCGGAUUCGAGAGAAGCUCGGCCGGCUGAACCGCCUCCGCAAGAAGUACCAGACCAUGUCCUUCCAGUACUUCCCCUCGCAGAACCCGAUGAACCGGCGCCCGGCCCCGGUGAACAACGGCCAAACCCCCCCCUAUGACCCCUUCAAUGAGCCGCUGCUCCCCAGCGCGGCCGACCAGUACCACUACACCUACACGGAUGGCAUCUUCCGGGUGAUGCGCACCGAAACCGGCGAGCCCUUGAUCCCCGACCUGCCGGAUGCCCAGCGCUUCUACAGCGAUCUGGACGUUGUGCUGAAGGUGGCCUCCGAUGGGCCGGUCAAGUCCUUCUGCUUCCGGCGGCUGGCCAUCCUGGAGGCCUCCUUCAACCUGCACACCCUGCUGAAUGACGCCAAGGAGAAGGCCAGCUGCAAGCUGGUCCCCCAUCGGGACUUCUACAAUGUGCGCAAGGUGGACACUCACGUGCACCUGACCUCCGGCAUGAACCAGAAGCACCUGCUGCGCUUCAUUCGCAACAAGCUCCGCUACCACAAGGAUGAGGUGGUGCUCUUCCGCGAUGGCCGGCAUUACACCCUGGCCGAGGUGUUCCAGAGCCUCGGGGUGUCGGCAUACGACCUGAGCAUCGACACGCUGGAUAUGCACGUGCAGAGUGAGGCCUUCCACCGGUUUGACCGGUUCAAUGCCAAGUACAACCCGGUGGGCGAGAGCCGCCUGCGGGAGAUCUUCAUGAAGACCGACAACUACAUGAAGGGCCGCUACUUUGCCGAGCUGACCAAGCAGCUGAUCAACGAUCUGGAGGACAGCAAGUACCAAUUCGCCGAGUACCGUGUGUCCAUCUACGGCCGGUCCAUCCACGAGUGGGACAACCUGGCUGCCUGGGUCAUUGACAACCGGAUCUUCUCGCCGAAUGUCCGCUGGCUGAUUCAGACCCCGCGUCUGUAUGAGCUCUACCGCAAGGGCAACUCCAUCGAGUCCUUCGAUGACAUCGUUCGCAACAUCUUCCAGCCCCUCUUCGAGGUGACCAUGGAUCCCUCCUCGCACCCGAAGCUCUUCCUCUUCCUGCAGCAGGUGGUUGGCUUCGACAGUGUCGACGAUGAGAGCAAGCUCUCCCGGGCGCACAUGAUCGACGUGCGCAACAUCACCCCGGCCAUGUGGAAUGAGCCCAUCGACCCGCCGUACUCCUACUACCUGUACUACACCUGGGUCAACAUGACCUCGCUCAAUGCCCUGCGGGCCGAGCGCGACAUGAACACCUUCGUCCUGCGGCCGCACUGCGGCGAGGCCGGCAUGGAGGCCCACUCCAACCUGGCCGUGUCCUUCCUCCUGUCGCAGUCCAUUGCCCAUGGGAUUCUCCUGCGCAAGGUCCCCACUCUGCAGUACCUCUAUUACCUCAAUCAGAUCGGCAUCCACCUGUCGCCGCUGUCGAACAACUCGCUGUUCCUUUCCUACGACCGGAACCCCAUCAUGCCGUUCUUCCGGCGCGGGCUGAACAUUUCCCUGUCCACGGAUGACCCGCUGCAGUUCCACUUCACGCGUGAGCCGCUGAUCGAGGAGUACGCCGUGGCUGCGCAAAUUUUGCGCCUGUCUACGGCCGACCUGUGCGAGCUGGCCCGCAACAGUGUCCUGCAGUCCGGCUUCGAGCGGUGCCUCAAAAUGCACUGGAUUGGCCGCGAGUACUGGCUGCCGGACCAUCGCGGCAAUGACAUGGCCUGCACCAAUGUCCCGCAGAUCCGCGUGGUCUACCGGGCGCAGACCCUGCAAAGCGAGCGCGCCUUCGCCGGCAUGGAGCCCUUCGACGAGACCGAGGCCGGUCGUGCCUGGGACGCCGCCCCGCGUAACUUCAACAAGCGCUCCCUCGAGGAGGCCACCGACUCGGCGACCGGGGUUGGUGCUGCUGCUGCUGCUGGUGCCCCCUCGGCGACCCCGGCGGCUGAGACUCCGGCUGCUGGCGCCACUGCCCCGGCGGUGACCCCGCCGCCGAAGCCUUCGGCGUCUGGCGACUCGGCCACCUCUUCGGCCGAGCCGGCCCCGGCUGCGUCCGGCUCUCCCGGCUCGGAGGGUGUCCCGGUCGCGGGCGUCGCGACUGGAGCGGCCUCUGCUGGCGAAGUGGCCCCUCCCGCGACCAAGCGCACGCGCUCCGUCUAAGGCAUGAAUGCGUGUGCCCGCAUGUUCUUCCAUCCCCCCCUCUUGUGUGCGCGCGGGGGCCAGGGUGGAGGGAGGCGGAGGGGGCGUGCUCGCGCGCGCGGUCGGGCUGCUGUUGCACACACACACACACACACACACAUGUAUGCGUGUGUGUAUGUAUGAGCAUCCGCCUCUGCCCCCCCUCCCCCUCUCUUUCUCUUCUUGUCUGCCACGCUUCUCUCCUUCCUCACUGGGAGGACGUGAUGGCCUUUUCCCCUCCCCCGCCCUCCCCCCUCCCCGGCUGUCGGCACUCUAUCAUCCUUUCAUCGACAGCCUGAGCUCCCCCUUCGCCCUCCCCCCCCCCCAUCUAUGCAUUUCUCCUUUGCCGCCCCUUCUCUUGAGCGUGGUCGAGAACCGGGCAGGGCGCCUCUUAAUGUCCCUGUCCUGUUGACUCCCGCGCAAGUGGCCUCUAUUCUGUCACAGGCCUCCCCCCUCGCCUCCCGGCCCUCCUCCACAGAGAGACGGGAGCAUGCGGGGCACAAUGCGGCCCUUGUCCGAUGGAAAUGUUGCCCGUGUGUCCCCCUCAUCUCUGUGCCACAAUAUACUCUGUGCCUCAGCUCAUCGUUGUGCUGUUCAAUUUGACGAUCAUAAGGCCACCCGCCG